AUGCAGCAGCCGCCGCCACAGCCAGCGCCGCGCGCCGGCGCCGGCUCCGACGCGGACGUGGACCCCGGACCCGGGCCCGGCCCGGCGGUCGACCCGCCGCUGCCCGACGACGACGACGGCUGCAGCCCCGAGGAGCGGGCCAUCUUCGCCGAGAACGUGCAGCGCCUCGCGCUCAGUCUGCAGGGCGCCGUGGUGACGGCUCUGCAGCAGGCGGCGGCCGCGCCCAACCAAGCGGCUGCGGCGGCGCUCAACCUGCAUGCCAUCGAGUCCUACCUGGCGCUGCAGAGCCUCACGCAGAUCGUCGCCUCCAACACGAAGCAGCCUCCGGCGGCCUCCGUCCCGGCGCCGUCGCCUUCGCUGGCAUCUGGCACCUCCCACAGCCACCACGCGCACCAGCACCAACACCACCGGCCCAAGAAGCAGUUCAUCUGCAAGUUUUGCUCGCGGCACUUCACCAAGUCGUACAACCUUCUCAUCCACGAGCGCACGCACACCGACGAGCGGCCCUACUCGUGUGACAUCUGCGGCAAGGCGUUCCGGAGACAGGACCACCUCAGGGACCACAGGUACAUCCACAGCAAGGAGAAGCCGUUCAAGUGUGGGGAGUGCGGCAAGGGCUUCUGCCAGUCUCGCACGCUGGCGGUGCACAAGAUCCUGCACAUGGAGGAGUCGCCGCACAAGUGCCCCGUGUGCGCGCGCAGCUUCAACCAGCGCUCCAACCUCAAGACGCACCUGCUGACGCACACGGACAUCAAGCCGUACAACUGCUCGGCCUGCGGCAAGGUGUUCCGCCGCAACUGCGACCUGCGCCGGCACAGCCUCACGCACAACCUGGGCGCCGCGGCGGCCACCGUCGCCCCCACGCCGUCGUCGUCGUCGUCGUCGUCGUCGCCGUCGGCAGCCUCCGUGGCCGGCAGCAGCGGCGCCAGCACCUCCUCCGCGCUUCCGCUGCCUCUGGCGCUGGCCGCGGCCGGCGGCUUCGUGCUCGAGGCCGCCGCCGCCACGCAGUGA